CACAAUCUUCGUCCUCCUCCUCCGCCUCCGCCCUCUCAGGCCCCAGCCAUUGCUCCCGCCGUGACCGAACGGCAACGCGUACGUACGUGUUCUUGGCUGCGAUCUCGGCCCGCUCUCCCUCUGUACAAGAAAAACGGACGAGGGCAGCAAACCUGUCUAUCGCCAUGUCUUCUAGUUCUAGCGUCUCUGUUUCGGUAGCACGAACAAGAACAACGCAAUGCCAUGUGUUUCAUUCGUGCCUGCCUGCCUGCACGCCUGGCUCCUAGGAUUAGGUCCCUUGCUUCUCUCUUACCUGCGGUAGCAUUAGCAACGCUGCGUUCUGUGAACGAAGAGCAAACCAAAAAGAAAGGGCUUUCUCUGCAAGCGUGGAUCUUUCGGCGCGUGUCUGGAGUUCUUGAUUCGUCGAGUUGAAAAAAAAAAGAGAGAGUGCCUUUUCCGUUGGGUUACGGUGUCACAGUCACAGAACCUGCCGGCGUGCUGUGCCUGUGCCGGGGGCUGCCGGCCUGCCGCUGCUCGUCAUGAGUGCUCGUGUACUACGUGGUUCCACUCCACGGCACAAAGCUGAAUUGACCCGGGGCGACGGCCCACCCUUUUUCUCGCCACCAAAAAGUCCCUUUUGGUUUUGGCUGCGCCAACACACUCAUAGCGGUUGUAGAAGUAGUUGUGGUGUGAGGGAGGAUCAUGAGGUUACGUUUUUUUUUGACUGCCUGUGAUGAGGACCACAUUUGGUGCAUGUUCUUCAGCUUUGUUUGGAGAUACGUGCUGUCAGACCUUCCGUCAGACAUCGUCGUCCAUGUCGACGACGCAAGGUUCUACCUGCACAAGUUCCCCCUUCUCUCCAAGAGCGGUCUGUUACAGAGGCUGAUAGUAGAGGCGAGCCAGAACGGCAGCGACGAAGUUGCCAUACAAGACGUCCCUGGCGGAGCGAAGACCUUCGAGAUCUGCGCGAAGUUCUGCUACGGCAUGGUGGUGACCCUGAACGCGUACAACGUCGUCGCCGCGAGGUGCGCGGCGGAGUACCUUGGGAUGACCGAGGACGUCGAGAAGAGCAACCUGGUGUUCAAGAUCGAGGUGUUCCUGAGCUCCGGCAUCUUCAGGAGCUGGAAGGACUCGAUCAUCGCGCUGCAGACCACCGACGCGUUGCUGCCGUGGUCGGAGGAGCUCAAGCUGGUCGGCAGAUGCGUGGACUCUGUCGCUGCCAAGGCUACCGUCAGCGCGUCGAACGUUGUGUGGUCGUACACCUACAACAGGAAGUCUGCGUCCUCGGACGAGAUCGUCGAGGCUCGCAGGAGCUCCCAGGCGGUUCCCAAGGACUGGUGGGUUGAGGAUCUGUGUGAGCUCGAUGUGGACCUCUACAGGCGUGUCAUGGUUGCGGUCAAGUCGAGGGGGAGGAUCCCCUCCGAUGCCAUCGGAGAGGCGCUCAAGGCAUACGCCGCUAGAUGGCUGCCUGAGUGCUGUGACGCGCUGGUAGACGACGCCUACUCUGGAGCGUACAAGCACCUGCUCGAGACCAUCGUCUGGCUUUUGCCCUCGGACAAGGGGUCUUCGGGGAUCUCCUGUCGUUUCUUCCUGAAGCUGCUGAAAUUCACUGUCCUCGUCGGCGCUGGGGAGCUCCUGAAGGAAGAGCUCAUGGACAGGACUGUGUUGCAGCUCCACAAGGCCUCGGUCAGUGAUCUCCUGAUCCCCUCCAGGCCUCCGGCGCAGACCGUCUAUGAUGUCCAGCUGGUUCAGACACUCAUCGGCAGGUACAUGAGCCAUGCCGGGGUAUCUCAAGGUGGGAUUUUUCUCAACGACCUUGACCAGGAGAUGUUUGAGACGAACGUGGACGGUGAAUCUUUGCUAGCGUUGUGCAAGCUGGUCGAUAGGUACUUGGCUGAAGUUGCCUCUGAUCCAAAUCUCUCUGUUUCGAGCUUUGUGGAUUUGGCGACUUCCAUGCCUGAAACAGCCAGACCGACACAUGAUGGAUUGUACACUGCCAUUGACGUAUAUCUGAAGUUGCAUCCCGGCCUACCCAAGAUGGAGAAGAGGAAGAUUUCGAACCUGAUGGACGUGAGGAAGCUGUCCAAGGGGGCGUGCAUCCACGCGGCGCAGAACGACCGACUCCCGCUGCGCGUGGUGGUCCAGGUCCUCUUCUUCGAGCAGCUGCGCGCCGCGGGAGCCGCCGCCGCCGCUGGGACGCCCAGCGCCAGCGUGGCGCGGUGCAUAGCGCGCCUGGCGGAGCAGGAGGAAGAGGAGGAGCGCUGGAACGACGGCCGCGCGCUGCCGGAGCCCCCGACCCCCGGCGCGCUGAAGAGGCAGCUGGGGAGCCUGAAGCUGCAGGGCGACCACCACCAGGGCGCGGGCGACGACGGGCGGCGCCUGGUGGCGCGCAGCAACAGCGUGGCCAACCAGAGCAGCCGGAUGUCGCUGUCGUCGCGGUCGCGGAGGAUCUUUGACAGGCUGUGGGUCGGCGGAGCGAAGCUGCCCGGGGAGGCCGCCGCCGCGGGCAAGGGGUCGUCGGACACGUCCGGGAGCUCGCAGAGCCCGCGGUCGUCGGCGAAGCCGCCGGAGUCCAAGUCGUCCAGCUCGUCGUCAAGGAACCGGCGGUACUCGGUCUCGUAGGCCGGGGCCGGGGGCCGGCCGGUCGGCGGCGGAGGCUGUACAGAGAGGAAGGAGAGCCUGGUCCAAGCCUAAACGUAGCUGCUGCUAACUUUCAGAGUUCAUGUUGAUCUCGUGCUGCCUGCAGUAUGUGGCAUGCAGCUAGAAGAAAUCUUUGUUCUGUCAGUCCAGUUGUUCUAUCUAAUCUUGAGAUAAUCCCUGGUUUCUGUAACAGACUUGGAAACUAUGAUUCAGUCGAAUUCUCCAUGAACUGGGCAAUCCUUUUUGGCGGCUCCA